AUGCCAUCUUCUUCUCAAAUCUCCACCGAUCUUUAUCAACAUCAUUCCUCUCAAGAUGUCGAACAUUUACUCCUUUGUUCUCAGCCAUCACCAAUUAAACAAUUACCAAUGUUAUCAUCUUGCGCUAAUUAUACACCUUCAAGUCAAAAUUCUCAAUCGGAUCAACAUCAUCAUCAUCACCUACCAUUAUUUCAUUCCUAUUCAUCUAAUGAUUAUUAUUCAUCACAUCCACCUUCAAGAUCAUCAUCGUUACCUGUAUAUACUUGUUCAUCAUCACCACAUUUAUCUUUAUUAUCAACAGAUAUAAAUUUAUUUUCAAAUGAUGACGCAUUUUCAAUGAAAAAUAAUGAAAACAUAAAUAUUUCACCAAUCAAUAUUUCAAAUACGUCGUCACCUUCAAAAUAUCGUAUUCUUAAUACACCAGAGCGACUUCAUUUAAUUCGUUUGACACCAAGUCCAAAACGAGAUUGUUUCAAUGAAUAUCUCCUUCCAUUGUCUGAAUCAAUUAUUUCUGAAAAUCAUUCAUCAAUAUAUUUGAAUAAAUAUGAUUUAUCGAAAAAUCUUCAAGAAAAAACUGGCUAUAGUCCAACUUACACGGAAAUCUUAAUCGGUCAAACACGUGAUCAACGUUACGUGACUGAACAAGCUCGACGAUAUCUUUCUUGUUCUUCAUUAAAUAAUUCCUAG